AACAGCAAGAACAGGGGGCCAUGUUGGAGCCAUUCCUUGUUUUCAUUUGUCUGGUUUGAUUUUGUUUUUGGGAAAGUCUAACUCUUCUUUCUCUGCUCUCGCGAAUUUCUCGGUGGACAAUUGUCUCCAAGUUACUUGACCGCAAGAGAUGUCCUAAGGGUCUUGCGCUGUCCAGGCAGCUGUAAGACGAAUUGAAGCAACCUUGAAGACGAGAGGAAUUUGCACAUUUUGGGAACAAAAACACAACACCAUGGUGGGCUGUUGCGUAGUCGGCUGCGGCCGCAAUUCUUCCAAGCCCCUGAACGACACCCGCUACGACGUUUCACUGAAACGGAGGAUAACGUAUCACCAGUUUCCUGCUGAUCUAGGGACUCGCAAAAAAUGGAUCAAAGCAGUUUGCGACGGAGGACGCGUAGAUGACUGGACUCCAGGAGGCAACACUAAAAUUUGCAGCGUGCAUUUUGAUUUGAAAGACAUCAGAUACAAUGACAAGGGCACCCAGAUCAUCAAGGGCGCUAUCCCAAAUAUUCCUCGAUCGGACAAGAAGAAGCCCCCUCGCCGAAGCAAGAUUGCUCGGGAAACGGCGCUGAAAAAGAUUAUCCUGGAAGCAGUAGAUCAGGAGGUCGAAGAGGAAAUUGUUUGCGGUGACUUUCUCGGAACCACGGUCUUCUUUGAUCCAGACGCUCCAGGAUCUUCAUCUGAAAACAUUUUUCUGCCAUUUGAGGAGGCAAUGGAAAUCGAAGAAUUUCAGGAGGACGGACAAGAGAAUGCGAAAAGCAAAAAAGUCGUCAAGCUGGCUGACGAACAUACAUUUGACGCACAAGGAUCUUCGUGCAGCGGAGACCCUACUCUUGCUCUCUUCGCAGAGCUCACAGAGAAAAUGAAGAAGCUGAACAUGUUUGUGGCUAAAAAUCAUCCGAGCAAGGCUACAAAAAUGCAGAAAGUCUUCAAUGAAUUCUCUACCCUUUUCAACAAGGACACGAAGGAUGCUCCACUGCCGAACAUGCUCUCGGGGGAUAAUCCUUAUUUGAGUGCCGCUGAAACUUCAACCGAUGAAGCUUUGGCCAGCGAGUUUUGGGAAGAUGAAUUCAAUGACCCAGGAUUUGAGAAGAUCUUGGAAAAUCCAGAAGAUUUUCUUACUUCCUUCCCAAUGUGAAGUAAUCUAUUCCCUCUGCUGGACCUUAGUUAAUAUGACUAACAUUCUUAUUAUUUUUUAAUUAUAUAACUUUUGGCGUGGUUUUAAAAAUCAAUCCUUUUUACCACGGAAUUAGUUUUAGUCUUGGGUUUGCUAGUGAAUUGCAUAGAUAAUUCACAUUUGUAACUUUGAAACUAACUAUAUUGGAACUAUACAAGUUGCUAGUUUAAGUUCUCCGUGAAGUAUAAAAAAUAAAACUAAGAAGUCAAAAUUAUUAUUCUUUAUAUAUUAUAAGGUUGUAUUACAAAAAUGUAUUGGGAAAAUAAAAAUUUUAUAAUCAUUUCAAAUAAACAA